GAUGGGAAUAAGACAAUUGGACCGGUUCAUCCGUGAAGACCUUCCCAAUGGAAUCUUUAAAGUUAGCAUUGAAGAUGAAAUCAGAAACUACCAUGAAACUUCCAAUAUUCCCAACGCUUCAGCUCCGGUGAUUGUUAUAGAUCUCAUGUCCUUGUACAAUCCCAUAUGUGAGUUGGAUUUGCCCGGUUUGCUUUGUGGCGGUCGCUAUAACCAAAUCGCCACCAUGCUGGAAUGUUUCUUUUCCAGACUAAAAGAAUUCGGAGCAGAGCUGUUUUUCUAUCGUGAUGGUCCAGUACAACAGAGUAAAACAACAACAUGGCUUAAACGCCAAAAUCAGAAAUAUUGGAAUACUAUGAAAAUAAUAGAUGCCAUUGAACGAGGAAAAUAUCCGAUAAAUGAUCUGGGUAGAAGGUUUCGCAACAUUAUUCCGGCCAUCACAGAUUAUCCCUACGAGCUAAUAGCGAAACGAUUUGGUACAGUUCAUACUGCGAUGAAUCGGGAAUGUGAUCAGGAGUUGGCCGCCUUUGCCACUUCCGUUCAAGCGCUAGCAGUCAUCUCGAAUGAUACUGAUUUUAUGAUCUUCGAAGGUAGCUGGCGUUUCUGGUCCUCAAAAGAUAUCAAUUUUCAAAAUUUCACUACCUGUGAAUAUAAUCGAAGGGCACUGAUUGAGAAGUUACAAAUAAGCUAUAAACAAAUGGCACUUUUCGCAACACUUGGUGGAAACGAUGUGGUCCAGUAUGAAGAGAUGAAAGAUUUCCACACUAGUUUGGGGCCAAACAAUAGAAAGUUUUACAAUCUGGCUGAUUUUGUACGCAAUCUACCGGGCGUUGAAAAUGAACGAGAAUGGGUAGAAAAUUGUAUAAAAAAGAUAUUCACAAGCUCUGAAAACGAUAUACGUCAACGCAUCCAGAAAAGCCUGGAUUUCUAUGAUUUGAGUUACUACCAAGAAAGUGCAAAUAAUACUGCAAACGCUGAUGAUCUCUUGGAAAUGACAUCGUCACUGUCGUUUGUCUACCAAGUGUUAACUGGACGCCCCGUUAGAUUAAUCUUAAACUUUCAAGAUUUGCGUCUACCUCGUCUCGGUGCUAAGUUUCCAAGCAUAGCUAUAAAGGUUAUGGCGCGGCAGAUAGGAAUAAUCCUGUACCACCAACAAAAUAAUCGUCGUAAUUGGGAAGUGCUCAUUAAAACGCAGCAUGAUGUCGAUUAUUCUCUGCAAAACUUUCCAAUUGUGUUUCCCGACGUUGUUCCUCCACCUGUAGACCAAUUGCUUUCCAAAGACGAGAAAGAGCAAGCCAAUUUACAAGAAACUAAAAUGCAAUUAUUAUGUUGGACCACAUCAGAUACACUGAACCACCAAACGCUGCAGCAUAUUCCGGAACCCUAUCUGCUCACAGUAAUCACACUGUACUGCUUGAUAGAGAAUGAAACAAUCAACCUGUUCGAAGCGGAUCUUCUGCUUUAUAUAACUUUUAUGGUCAAUACUAGAAAUUAUGAUAUUCGCACUAUUCCUUAUCCAUCACAACUAAUAGCUGGGGCAAUGCAUCUGGCUUUUUUGUUUACUGCAAUGCAUAAGCUGAUCAAACUAUCCGCAAGGUCUUUUCGAUUGCUUAUUGGAGAUGCUUCGUUAGGUCCUCAUUUUGAUGGGCUGCUUUUACAACAACUAUAUAAAACUUGGAAACAAGGCCGUGGCAACUUAGAACCAAUUAAGGAUUGGCGAAUAUAUGCUAAUUUGCGGGUGCGGUAAAUAAGUGAUUUUUAAUCUCGUUAUAAAUAUGAAUUAGAAAA